GGCCCCAGGGGCCGCUUUUCCUCCGGCUGGUGAGUCGGGGCGCUGGCCUGGGGCCGAGCUCGGCCGUCAGAGCCCGGGGCGUGGGGCGACGCGCCUCGCGGGGCACGGGGGCCGGGCGCGGGGCCGGCCGGGGCUCCGAUUGCCGCCGGCCUCGGCGGGGACGCCGCCUGUGCUGUCAGGCCCGAGGGACCCGGGACGGUGCCGGGAUGGAGAAGGCGCUGACCCCCCGGCGCGCCCCAGGCGGCGCCGUGGCUGAGCCAGGGCUCGUCAAGACGCUAACACAGAAGAAAAAAAAGAAGAAAAGAUUCUGGAAAAACAAAGCGCGAGAAGGAAAUGAGAAACCGGGAAGUGACCCCAAGGUUGUCGCGGGGCGACCUCCAAAGGCACCGGAGGACUUUUCCCAAAACUGGAAGGCUCUGCAGGAGCUGCUGAAACAAAAACCCCAGGCCCCGGGAAAGCCCAUUGUGAGCUCCCCGAUGGAUUCCAAAAAGCAGGCCAAAAUUAACCAAAACAGAAAAGCAAAGAGAGAGGAGAUGGGGACAGAAGAAAGAGACCAAGAGGCCACAGGAGGCUCUGUUCCUCCAGAAUCCCUGAGGAACAGGAAGGUGCCAGCACCUCCUACAAAAGCCAGUGGAGCAGAGCACAAUGAGAAAGGAUCCAAGAAAAGGACAAAUGGUGACAUUUCUCCAAAACAAGAGGACAUCAAACAUAAGAAGCGGAAAACGAAGGUGACUGCAGCCUUGGCUCCAGCCCCGCCCACCGAAGAAGACAUCUGGUUUGACGAUGUUGACCCAGAAGAUAUCGAAGCAGCCAUAGGCCCAGAGGCAGCCACCAUAGCGAGAAGACAGCUGGGGCACAGGGAGUGCGACGUGACGCUGGUGAAGGAGCAGGCCUUCGGCGGCCUGACGAAAGCCUUAGGCAUGGACUGUGAGAUGGUGGGCGUGGGCCCCACGGGGGAGGAUAGCAUCGUCGCCCGCGUGUCCAUUGUGAACCAGUUUGGGAAGUGCGUCUAUGACAAGUACGUCAAGCCGACCCAGCAGGUGACCGACUACAGGACAGCGGUCAGCGGGAUUCGGCCAGAGAACCUCAAGCAGGGAGAACAAUUUGAAGUUGUUCAGAAGGAAGUGGCAGAGAUGCUGAAGGGCCGGAUUCUGGUUGGACACGCGCUGCACAACGAUUUAAAGGUACUGUUUCUUGAUCACCCAAAAAAGAAGAUUCGGGACACACAAAAAUAUAAACCAUUCAAGGGUCAAGUGAAGAGUGGAAGGCCGUCUCUGAAGCUGCUCGCGGAGAGAAUCCUGGGGAUCAGGCUGCAGCAGGCAGAGCACUGCUCGAUUCAGGAUGCCCAGGCAGCAAUGAGACUGUAUGUCAUCGUGAAGAAGGAGUGGGAGCGCACGGCCCAGGACAGACGCCCACCUGCCACCGCUCCAGACAACGGCAGUGGCCACACAUAGCAGGAGCCCUGCUGCUGGUGCCACCCUGUGACAGUGUCUCCGUCCACGAGCAGCUGUGACCAAAUCAUGGGACAGAUGUAGUCUCCCCAGAGCCGUGACAAAAUCGUGGCAGCAGGGGCCUGGGGCAUGCAUGCCGCUGAGGACAGCUUCCCUCUGAUUUUUCCAUCUAAGACCCAGUCCCACCCACAGGGGAGCGGGUAGCAGGGCAGGGCUGUCAUGGGGUCAGGGGUGUAUGACCUGGGCACGGCCAGGAUGUGAGCGGUGGGGACCGAGGUGGGAGCGCCUGGCAGCUCUACACUUGGCCAAGCCCCAGCAUCAGGACAGGAGUUGGGACUGUCACCAUUCAUGUGGCGGCCGGCUUCGCUGGGGACUCAGCACAUCCAGGGCAGGAAGUGCUCAGCUGUGCCCUGGGUCUGCAGCGCCCUCUAAGGAGGCCCCUUUCCCUCGUUGCCGUGGGCGAUGUUAGCAACUAGGCCAGACUCCAGGGCUGGCCAGGUGUCCAGUUUGCUCAGCCUCAGCCUCAACGAGCACUUUCUGGGGCCGCCGUUGGACUUAGACUUUGGGACAGCGUGUUGCCUCUCUUCCCACCCCGCUACUGCCUGCCACGUUUAAACUCGCGGUCAGAGCCCACAGUGGCCAUGCCAGGCUCGGGUUGCCCCCUAGCGUGGUGACAACAGUCAUUCCCGGAGGUGGUGCCUGUCUCCGGCUAGGACAGACAUGCUGACCUCGGGCAGUUUGAGCUGGGACAAUGUGAGGGUCUUUGUGAGACGGGAGUCGGGUGUGGGGUGUGUGAAGCCCAAGGCUUUCCUGAUGGGGACAAAAGGCCCAAACCCACU